CCGAAGGCUAGAGUUUCGAUUUUUGUCAGUCUACCAUCUCUCACCAGGUCUACCAAGCGAUUCACCAUGUAAGGUCGGUUGGCGCUUCCAUUCUGUGUCGUUCUGUGUGAUUAUUCCCCAUUUUCCAGCAACGCAUCAGUGACACCCAGUAACUCCAGAUUGAAUCAAAGACAACACCCGGAAUCGGCCAGGAUGUAUCUCGUAAAUCGCAUCCGCGAUAUCGUAACCGUGCCGGUAUCACCGAAGUAUCUACGCAUAUCGGCCAUUCUUAUCGCCAUCUAUAAGGUGCUUGUGGCGCACGUUUUGCUGUUCGUGAUGCUGCUCGGACUGGCGCACGCCCAAGAGAUGAGCACCAUCCUGCAGAUGAGUAUCGCGGACCAGAAGGAUAGCGAGUACAUCUGGACCACCAGCGAACAGGAAGAGGCGAUCAACGAGUGGCGCUUCAAGUCGGCGGAAAAGCUUGCUUCCGUGACACUGUGCAUGCUGUACAUCGGUACCACGCUGGCCACCAUCUACGUGCUGAGCUGCCUGGGACUGCUGAUCGGAACCCUACGCAACCGGCACGAGUUCUUCAUCCCGUGGAUGGUGGUCGACUUUUUCGGCACGCUCGUAUCCGCUUCCAUCAUGCUGGCGGUGGCCUACAACAAAUCGACCUAUCAGUUCGUCUCCAAGUGGCAAUACUGGGGUUUCUGUGCCGUGACCACUGCCUUCAACGUCGUCAUCUGGUUGGUGAUCCGUAUGUUCUACAAGAACCUGGUACACAUGACGAAGCUGCGCGAAGUUGCGAUUGUGGCCAUUCCCUGCCCGGCGACCAGCCUGCCACCUUCGACCGGUGCAGUUAGCAGCAAGACGGCCAACGGGCUGGCAAGGCCACCGUACCACUACCGCCGGGAGAACAUGCACCUCAGCGACGGUGGACUGAAGCACAUUCUCUUCGAUGCCAACGAGGCCAACUACCUGGUCUAAGCGGACACACCGUAGUCGCCCCGGCCCUUGUUUGUUGCCGGGGGAAAAAUUGGAAACAAAACAAAACCUUGGAUAAAAAAUUAGACAUUUGGUAAAUUUGCAACUUUAGUGGCUUGAACUUGAUGGUCAGUUGGCUGCAUCGCGUAUGUCGCGCUAAUGGCUUCCCUUGCCCCCCCCCCCCCCCCCCCAUUAUCUCUGUCUCUCACCGAGAAGAGAUUGAUUCCGAUGCGCUAGCCUAGUUCGUGAUCGUGUUUUGAACAAUGAAAAGCCAGGAGGCACAAAUUAUAACUUGGAUCAUCUCAUCGCGCCAUGUGGAAGCGACCGAUCGCUGCGGUGCGUUCGGAUAGAGAUUGUGAUUGUGAUUGGUUGGAAUAUUAAAGCAUUCAAUAAACUAA